ACUAGCUUAAUUUAUGUACUUUUACUUCCCAUAGACACACAUCAUCCGCGAACAUCAAGAACAUGGAUUUCUUCAAAACCGCUACUUCUUUUAUCAUAAGAGCAAGUUCAAGAUUUCCAUAUGACUUAAAAGAUCCAGUAUCAUUACCGGGCGAUUCAAUUUGGACUUUAUAUGAUGCUGUUCUGCGGGAUAACGGUCAUCAAUGUUCCGUAUUUUCUUUGGAUAAGAAGAAAUAUCCUCAAGGCAAAGAAUUAGCAGAUAAUGCUAUCUCGAAAUUAAAACAAAUCCGACACCCGCAUGUUUUGAAGUUUCUCAAUAGCUACGAGGAUGACAACCUCAUUUACUUGGCCACAGAACAUGUUCGACCAUUAUUACCAAGUCUCUCUUCCUACAGCACUGAUCUCAAAGUUUGGGGUCUUUGGCAAAUAACCGAGGCUAUGGAUUUUCUUCAAACUUCCGGUUACAUUCAUGGAAAUCUUACAUGCAAAUGCCUGUUUCUGGAUGACGCCGAUCAAUGGAAACUUGGAAGUUUUGAGAUUUGUUCACAAGAUGCUUUAGAGUUUCAACAUAAUUUUGAAGCAACAGACGGAUUUCCGCUGUUCAAUUUGAACGACUUUAAGCAAAAAGGUGCCCCCAUCGAGAAGGCGGUUGAUUCAUUCCUUCUGGGCUGCUUUAUUUUUGAACUUUUUAAUCCAAACACGCGUGAUAAUCAUUCCUUACGCAACAACAUACCUCCUACCAUUUUCACACCUGCCAAAAGACUAAUUGCACCCCCAAAAUCAUUUUACUCCGUUCAUGAUUUUUAUACUGCAGGUAUAAAGCAGGGUGGAUACUUCCACUCUCCGUCCAUCACAUCUACUGGGUUACUCGAUACUGUUGAGAUUAAUGAUCCCAAAGAACAGAAUACUUUGCUAAAUCUGUUGCAUAAAUCUAUCCUCGUAUAUCCCGCAAACUUCAAUCGCCAUCGCGUUCUUACUUCACUUUUGCAACUUAUUCCUCAAUAUCCCACUCAAUCAAAUGUUGAACUGCUCUCCACUGCUUUGACCAAAUGUGGAGAUGAAGAACUACCUUCCUCCUUUGGGUCCACGAUUCUUGAGACGCUCAAUAAAUGUACGGUACCUUUCAAGGCAUUACUUUUACUGCACAUGUGUCGGGCGGUGAACCAGUUUCCUAGUGACUUUUUUAAUCAUCCAUUCCUUACAUUGCUUGGCUCGAUUCUUCAAAGUAAUGAUGCGCAAACACGAAUUUAUGGCCUUGCUAUUAUUGCACUUACGAUUCCUCGAAUUCCAAAGAAACUAGUGAGCAACUAUCUACUCCACACCUUGGCUAGUGCUCAAAAUAGUUCUGAUCCAGAAACUCGAAUGAACACGACACUUUGCUUAGAGCAGAUCGCACCUUUUCUGGAAGAGGAUGUUAAACAACGUGUUUUGUCAACUGCACUUACACGAUCGUUACGCGAUACAUAUGUGCCUGCCAGAUUGACUGCAUUAAAGACAAUUGAAUGCUUUUACGAAACAUUUACACCUCAAAUCUCUGUCAGUAAGGUCCUACCUCAAAUAAUACCACUGCUACUUGAUGGAAACACUGAAAUUCGACAUUUAGCCAAGCGUAUAGUUGAUAAGUAUCUGAAAUUAAUCGGAAAGUAUGCUGAGAAGACUCCUGAAACUAGUCAGGAAGCCGGAAACGGAUCUCAUUUUUGGAGCCACAUUUUCAAGAAUUCCGACCCUACAAGUUCUAGCUCUUCAGAAACCGAAACUCCAGUCACAGAUCUUAUUACAUUGUUGAAUCAAUUUUCUAUAACCAUGAAAGUUUCGGUUUCUUCGGAAACAGAUGACUCGGACUUGAAAACAAAAGAGACGCACUCAAUACUUCAUGACGAGUUCGAUGAGCUUGAUGAAUUUUCAGACAACGACUGGCAAAAGGAAUGGAGUGAAGAAACUUUGGAAGCCAAAAAAACUGCUGUCGAUGAUGGUAUGUCUGAAUGGGGUUUAUAA